UUCAUCUUGCUGCAUGUGGAGCACACUUUAUUGAAAAAUAUGCUUGUCCUUUCUCUCACUUCUCAUAUUUUGCUGCUCUUGGUAAAAGGUUCUUAUCUUUUCUUCUACAGAGGACUACUGAAAAGGAACAUGAAAGCACCACUUCUACUUCAUUUACUUUUCCAAGUUGUUCUGCUCUAUGAUGCUUUGGGAUGGGAAGUGAGAAUGCCGAAAGAUAUUCAUGGUCUCCAAGGUUCCUGUCUGGUCAUACCAUGUUCUUUCAGCUACACAUCAAAACCACCCAAAAACCCACGUAGAGUUGUGUGGUAUCAGUAUGUCUCUAAAGGUUAUCCUUUAGUUUACGAUCCUUUGCAUGAAAACAACGUCAUUAAAAAGUUCAGAGGAAAAACUGAUUUAUAUAGUAACUUAAGUAGGGAUUGCAGUCUGCUGAUCAAAAACGUGGAUCUGUCCCAUCAAAGAGAAAGAUUAUAUGCAUGGAUCGACCCUGAAAACAUUGGGUAUAGCACCUACAAAUUUUAUGAUGUCACUUCUACAAUCCUUGUCAAUGAAAGUACACAGCAACCCAGCAUAAAAUUUUUUGGAGGUAACAGGACAGGUGACGCCAUCACAGUAGUAUGUUCAACUUUCCACACGUGUCCAUACAGCAAACCAACCAUCACUCUGAAUGGUAUAGAAGGAUCUGAUCAAAUAGACAAUGAGCAUAUUAAAGAUGGCCUGUGGAAAAGCACUCUGACACGCACAGGUGUCGUAAAGACAGUAUAUUUGAUUAUUCAGUGUUCAGUAACACAUUAUGGUGGAAUAAAUGUGACGGCUACAAAAGAUAAAAGUGCUAAAUGUGUCCAUCAUAACAUAUCGGUUGAGCCUGAACUGGCAGAUGUCACCGAGGGCAUCACUAAGAACUUCACUUGUAGCGUCUACCAUUCCUGCCAGAAUGAGAAUCCAAACAUCACAUGGAACUAUGAGAACAUGCAGGUCACAGAGUGGAGCAAAACACUUUCUACUUUAGAUCAGAUCAGCUAUUCUAGCAUAACCUUUCUGGGUGCAAAAGAAGACCACCGGAAGGAAUUGAUUUGCACUGCAAAUUUUUCUGGAGGAAAAAUUAAAACCUCUGUUGUUUUAGGUGUACAAUGUGUUCAUCAUAACAUAUCGAUUGAGCCUGAACUGGCAGAUGUCACUGAGGGCAUCCCAAAGAACUUCACUUGUAGCAUCUACCAUUCCUGCCAGAAUGAGAAUCCAAACAUCACAUGGAACUAUGAGAACAUGCAGGUCACAGAGUGGAACAAAACACUUUCUACUUUAGAUCAGAUCAGCUAUUCUAGCAUAACCUUUCUGGGUGCAGAAGAAGACCAUGGCGAGAAACUGAUAUGUAUGACAAAAAUUUCUGGAAGAGACGUUAUGUCAUUUGUUGUCUUAAAUGUGCAAAAACCAGUGUUUAUUGGACUCAAGAUAACUGGUCUUUACAUCUUAACACCGUCACUUGUGUUCCUUCUGGCUUGUAUCCUUGUUGUAGUCAUAUUCAAGAAGAGACAAAGGUCAAAAGAUGCAAGUCCAGAGUCAGGAAAAAAACCUUUCUCCAAACCUCGAAUGCCCUCGCCAAAGAGCGAUCCAAAAUCCCACUCAGAUUAUGAUUAUGAAGCGUAUUACAUCAACAAGGAAGUAGGCGAAAUCUAUGAAAAUGUCUGAUGAAAAAGCUACACGUCAAAACCAAAAAGUAUUUCACUAUAGUGUUAAUAAGAAGACCAAAAAUGUCAGACUUUAUUAAUAAUAAAACAUUUGUCAUGCAUAUUAUGUAGCAUCAGGAUAUUAUGCUUUCUAACACAAUAUGUAACAUACUUUUUAUAAUACAUGCAUUUAUCUUUAGAAUAUAAAAUCCUUCUGAAGUAUCUGAAGUAUCACUCUGAAUUACAUAUGUAACCCUGGGCCACAAAACCAGUCUUAAGUUGCACGGCUAUAUUUUAGCAUAAAUAAUUGAUUGCUCUUUCAUGCCAAAAAUGAUCAUUAGGAUAUUAAAUAAAG